CUCUUUUGCGCUUUUUGCAUUCUCCUUUGGGGGUGUCCUUACCUGGGAUGUAAAGCUUGUGUCGAACCAAGCUCAGGCGUACACUCGUCAUUGGCGGCCCUUUGACCCAGCGGAGAGAAAAACCACACCAUCGUCUAUACCUCCUCCUCUCAUUUUCGUCGCUCUAUUGUGAAUAGCGACCACACCCAAUUCACAAAACACCUUUCGUCCUCCGGAGACCGUUCUUUAACACUCCCACACUAUCCAUAUAUCAAUCGCAUCUCGUUCAAAUCCAGCUCGAAAUAUCACACCCAAAACACAUCAAAUGUCCGAAGUAUCCUCCAGCUUGGAUAAGACCGAUGUCGGGGUCGAUCACGACUACAGCACUAUAGAAGAGCCAGAGCCAGUCACCAUUGUCCCAAAAGGCAACCUCGCUGACCUAGAGGAGCAACGUUCCUGGAACUGGUUCACGAUCCGAACUCUCGUUACCUCUGGCACAGGUUUCUUCACAGACGCCUACGAUGUCUUUAUCAUCAACCUGGUGGUCCCUAUGCUUGGAUAUGUCUAUUUCAAGGACAACAAUAACCAUCUCCCCGCGGGUACCGAAGGGUCCCUUAAAGGCAUGGCCUCCUUUGGAACCCUUGUCGGGCAGCUCGUCUUUGGAUACCUUGGCGAUGCUGUCGGUCGGAAAAAGAUUUAUGGACUCGAGUUAAUGAUCAUCAUCCUGGGUACACUUUGCUGUGCCAUGUCCGGUUCCAAUGCCAAGGGAUCUUCAGUCAUCCAGUACCUUACUUUCUGGCGGUUUGUCCUCGGUGUGGGUAUUGGUGGAGAUUACCCCAUGUCUGCGACCGUUACGUCCGAGUGGUCCUCCGCAGGUCGCCGCGGCAAGAUGAUGUCGAUCAUAUUUUCUAUGCAAGGCAUCGGCAACUUGAUGGCCUCGGUUGUUACUCUCAUCGUCCUCGCUUGCUUCAAGUCAGCAAUCAUUGCAGACGUUGACAACCUGGACAUCGUGUGGCGAAUCUGCAUUGGAGUUGGAUGCAUCCCUGCCGCUUCGACCGUCUACCUGCGCUUGACCAUGCCAGAGUCACCCCGAUAUUCUAUGGAUGUCGAGAACGAUGUUGAGAAGGCCAAGUUGGCUAUCGCGCACGCUACCGAGAGCAAGGCCAUCGAGGGUGAGUCCGUGCCAGUGAGCAAAAAGGCCAAGCGCGCCCACCACCGCGAGUUCGUAGAGUACUUUUCGCAUUGGCAAAAUCUCAAGAUCCUGAUCGGUACGUCCACGACAUGGUUUCUGUUGGACAUUGCGUUCUACGGCAUCUCUCUGAACCAGUCCUAUGUCCUCAACGCCAUGGGUUUCGUGGGCGAUGGUUCUGUGUUCGAUAAUCUCUGGAGGACGACUCUUGGUAACUUGACGGUGUCCUGCCUCGGUUUUGUGCCCGGAUACUACUUCACGGUCUUUCUCAUUGACAAAAUGGGUCGCAAGCGGAUCCAGUUUAUGGGCUUUGCGAUGUUGACAAUCCUGUUCAUUAUCCUGUCAACGGCUUUUUACCAAUUGAAGAAGAUUGUGCCUCUGUUUGUUGCAAUCUUUACGCUGGCACAGUUCUUCUUCAACUUUGGACCCAACACGACGACGUUUGUUGUUCCUGGUGAGGUCUUUCCGACACGCGUGCGUGCGACUGCGCAUGGAAUCUCUGCGGCUUCCGGCAAGUUGGGCGCGAUCUUGGCGACAUUUGGAUUUAACAAGCUGGUCGAAAUUGGUGGUGCGCCUGGUGACCACGCGUUCUUGCCGCAGGUACUUGGCAUAUUCGCGGCGAUUAUGGGUCUUGGGUUUGUGUUUACGUUCCUGAUUCCGGAGACCAAGGGUAUGUCGCUGGAGGAGAUCGAGCAGCGGGGUACGAGAAAUCUAACGGCGAGCUUACCGCCGACUAGCUCUGCUACAGGAACUGAUGCUGUCGCUCAUGCAACCCCUAUUGCUUGA